AUCUUCUGAGAAAACUCUUGAAGAGGAGGUGAAAGAAGAAAUGGCCAAUUCUCAGGGAUUGCUGACAUUCAGGGAUGUGGCCAUAGAAUUUUCUCAGAAAGAGUUGGGGUGCCUGAACCACAGUCAGUGGGAACUGUACAGGGAUGUGAUGUUAGAGAACUACGGACACCUCCUUUUCUUGGGUCUUGUUGUGUCAAAGCCAGACCUGGUCAUCUUUUUGGAACACAAGAAGGAUGUCUGGGCCGUGAAGAGAAAGGAGACAGUAGCUACACACCCAGGUAGGUGGAACUGAAGCGGAUGACAGAGGUGAGGUCCAGUCGUGAAGGAAGAAUUGGACCUCAGAAUGCGGUUGAGCAGCUCUCC